AUGUCCGCAUCCUCAUUGCUGAUGCACCCGAGUCAUCGUCGACACCUGCUGGCGAUCGCAUCGACCGGUGCUUGUCCGUGCCGGCCGUUCUCGUCAUCGUCAUCGGCAUCGGCUUUGGGUGCGACAUCGGCGUUGGCCUCCCUGAUCCCGGAAGAGGAUUCCGUCACCAUCACUCCAAGUUCAUCGACACCCAAACCCCUCGUCGAGACGCGUGAUCCGGAACAGGACCCGCUGCGCAAGACGUCCUACCUCUAUUUCAACACGGUCUUUCCCAUUCGACUUGCCGCUUGGGACCUGGUCAGUGGGCAUCAUGCAUCAAGCCUACCAGGGGUUGACCGUUUACUGAAUACUGGGAUCGAGUCUCCCCACAGCGAGAAGUCUAUGCCCGAUUGGAAGAAAACAAACUGCUGCAAGAGGUGCACUCGAUCGUACCCGAGGACCCCCUUUACGAUCUCGAGGUCGAACAAGUCACCCCAAGGGUCAAGGACGGUGGUGCCUUUGUUCGUUUCUCGUGGUCCGUCCCAACUCGGCCCUUUUUGGAGCAUGAUCCCGUCGCUUUGGACAAAGCCGCACGGGAAGCCGACAAGACGGUCGUGGAUGCCUUGUACGAGAUUGAAUCGGAAGCAGUUGAGUCUCGCUCCUCUGAAGCAUCUUCACCUCUCCGAGGACCCCACUAAAGCUCUCACCCGCUGCCGACGAAUGCAUAGAAAAUGGUCCUGAAAUCACGCGAACUGAGACCAUGGUGGGAAUUUUCGUCACGGUGGUUCUCGUGGGCCCAACCACAAGCCUUCUUGGUCAAGGGCAAACCCUGGAUGGAGGAUAUGAACCGCUUCCCCAACUCGACGAUCCGAAUCGAGUUCGAAGGUCCCGAAAUCCCACAGGAAGAACUGUACGAAGUGUUCCGACCUUAUGGCAGGAUCGUCGAUAUCAUUCCCCAACCGCCCUCGAGCAAGGACACGCCACGCUACGCCAACAUCACUUUCAGCUCGAUCCGUUCCGCCGCCUCGGCGAGAAACUGUCUCCAUUCGGCCGUCGUGCCGAGUUCAUUACCGGUCCCGAACCCACCCCCACCGACGGUGUUGAGGAUCUUGUACGCCGAGCGACAAAAGGCGCACUACAUCAAGGACUUUACGACCACCCACCCGAGGAUCGUCAUACCUCUUAUUGUCGCACUCUUGGGAGCCAUCUCGUUGCAGGUCUUUGACCCGAUCCGAGAAUUCUUCGUUUCAGCGCAUGUCGAAGGGACGUUCGAUUCGGAUAGGUGGACGAUUGUGAGAUGGCUCAAGAGGGAGACGUUGGGCAGAUUGGGCUUGACCAAGUACCGAACCUUGGACGGGGCCGAAAAGACCGGCAUCGAGAGGGAGCGAGAAGCGGCGAAGGAGCAGCUCGUCACUUGGUUGAGGGAUGCACCAGGUACGGUGCUUUAGGGUCAAUUUGGGCAUGUUGGCGUCUCCUGCUUACGGCCGUUCUUGACUCGGGACAGAAACCUUCACCAUGGUCACGGGGCCGAAAGGUUCGGGCAAGACGAUGCUCAUCGAUGAAGUCGCUCGCCACUCAAAGUAGGCCGAGAAACGGGGUACGCAGCAACACCGAGAGGGUUUGAAUUGAUCCCGAGGCUUUGUCCUACAGGCACGUUCUCGUCAUCGAUUGCACCCAGCUAUGUCGCAAUGGCCGUUCGGACCAGAAACUGAUUCAGGAACUCGCGUCAAGUGUCGGUUACCGCCCUUUGUUCACCUUGGGAGCGAGCGUCAACAACUUGAUUGAUUUGGCGUCGAUGUCGCUUAUCGGACAAAAAGCCGGAUUUUCGGCUAGCUUGAACGAGCAGUUGAAGGCGGUGCGUUUGCCACAUUGCCCUGCGGUGCUAUCAAAAAAGAAAUGCUCACCAUGCCGUUCUCGGAAUGACAGAUCCUCGAAGUGACCGCCUCGGCCUUGAACAAGAUCGCCACGACAGCGACGCUCAAAGCCUCAACGGCAGCCAAGAACGCCGAAGCGAAACGCCUACUUGAAACGUCGCGGGAAGCCAUCGUCGCCCAACUCGAAACGGAAGGAAUUCGAGAUGGUCGAGUCGACGCGGUCGCCGGCAACGGAGCGAUGUCCGAACUAGGGGGUGGGAUUGAGAAGCCGGAGGAACAGGGUUAUGUGACAAUUGUGGGCCCUAAUAGUGCUAAUAUGGUCAAGGCGCUGGCAUGUGAGAAGGACUCGGUCGGAGAGGGGGACACAGUCGCGGCUUUGCCGAUCGUCGUGCUCAAGGGGUGAGUCAAGAUCGUCAGCAUGGGCUCACCGCAGAGCUGACGAGGAACUCGGUAUCUCGCAGCUUCGCGGCCAAAGGUGAAUCGAAACAAGAAGUCCUAUGGGAUGUUCUAGCCGACUGGGCCGCCUUGUUGGUCGAGAACAAAGUGGCCCAUGUCGUCUUCACCUCAGACUCGGUCACAGCCUCGAAACCACUCUCCCGAGCUCUCCCCAACAAGCCCUUCAACGUCAUCGCCCUCAACGACGCCUCCCCCGAAGCCGCGAUCCAAUUCGUCGAAGCCAAACUGGGCGAAGUCGAAAAGACCCUUCCGCUCGACGCCCACGAACACGUCUGGAAACUAGGUGGCCGACAAACGGAUCUGGAAUUAUUGGUCUCCAAAAUCCAUGCGGGUGCCGAACCCAAAGAAGCGGUACAGGACAUCGUGUCGAGGAAUGCGACCGAGAUUAGGAAGACGUUCUUUGGGGAUGAUGAGAGUGAGGCGAAAGGGUUAAAAUGGACAAGGGAACAGGCUUGGAAGAUAUUGACGGGUUUGACUAGGCAAGAAGAGGUGAGUCGGAGUGGGCCGGCUUGGGGUGGAUCAUCCACGCUGUCUUGCUCACCUCAAGAUGAACUUUCCUCCCUCUCCCAACAGCUCAAAUACGCCGACGUCCUCUUUAACGCCCCCUUCAAAUCCGACGAAGCGGCGCUGCGUUCGCUCGAAAAUUCGGAAUUCAUCAUCAUUUCCCACCGCGAUGGACGACCUUCGACGAUCCGACCGGGCAAACCCGUCUACCGCUCGGCGUUCUCCCUGCUCCUCUCCGACUCGGUUUUCCGGUCUUCGAUCGAAUUCCAAAUCAAUGCUUCGGCCAUAAACACUACCACGACCGAGCUCAACGCCGCUUCCAAGAGCCUCAUUGAAUUGAGUCAACUGUUCGGCGACGCGACGGGGAAAUUCGUCUUUGGGGGUGGGAGCCAUGUGCCGAGGGAGAUUGAGGUGAGGGUCGCAGGGUUGUUGGGUAAGAUGAGGGAAUGCGAGGACAAGUUGGAGAGGUUGGAGGAGGAGAAAAAGGAUUUGUUGAGGGUGUUGAAGGAGGCUUCGUAA